AUGAAGGCUCUCGCAGAAGUCAUAAAAGAACCGUGGUCGGAAGAUUCGACUGACCAAGGUGUCAAUAUGAACUCUUUGAAGUGCACAAUCCAAAAAUUUGCGCCGUGCUUCAUCGGUGAUGCACAGCAAGACGCACAAGGGUUCAUGCGCUCUCUGCUCUUGGGUUUGCACGAGGAUAUCAAUAAGGUCAUCGAGAAGUCCGAUCCUGAGUUCACAGAUAUCGAAAAAAUUCUGGAUGUCAACGAAAAGGCUUUGGAAUCGUGGUCGAGAUUCUUGAAAGUGGAGAAUUCGAAGAUAGUCAAUAAUUUCAUUGGUCUGCUUAAGUCAUCAUUGAAAUGCACGUAUUGCGGCUAUUCCUCAGUGACGUUUGAUUCCUUUUGGGAUUUGUCAUUGCCAAUACAAUAG